CACUGUGCAGAAGACACAUCCAGACACAUGCAGUGUUACCACAGGAACUGAUAACUCGAAGAAAACUUCUCCCAAAAAAAUCAAUCAAUUGAUGAGAACAGCUAACUAAAGAUCAGCUUCUUAUAUGGAAGGUCAUAUUUGAGCAUAGAGCAGCUGAACAUCUUACUCUACCUGCUCCCUCCCAAUCCACAGAGUGGACUCCAGAGUCAGAAAGCAGCACGGCUGAGAGAAGAAUGAGAAGUCUCUUCUAUAUCCGGUGUGUGAGGAAACUUUGGGGCUCAACUCAAGCAUCCCGGACACUUAAAUGGACAAACCUGCACACAUCUGUACACCGACUGCAACAUAAAAAGGUUAUGGACGAGGACAAACCCUGGGCUCUGAUCUCGGAGGUGGGCGAGCAGGGUUUCCUGGAAGAAGUCACAGAUGUAAUGAAACAGCACUUCCACAUCGUCUGCCACAGAGACUUUUCACAGAACCCUCUGCUGUACGGUGAUAAAAUCCAGGCCGUGUUCGUGUGGAAUACUCAUCCUGCAGCUGAGCCUUCACUGCUCACCUCAUUACCAUCUCUGAAGGUGGUCGCCAACGGAGGAGUGGGCAUCGACCACCUGGAUGUGCCGUACAUCUCCAGCCUCGGGGUGAAGGUGACCAACACGCCCGGCAUCGUGAGCAAUGCCACUGCUGACAUGGCCAUGGCUCUGCUGCUGGCAUCGGCACGGAGGGUUGUUGAAGGUCACCAAGUAGCCGUCGACCCCAAGACGAGCCAUUUACCACUGUGCAUGAUGGGAUUUGAAGUCACAGGGGCCACUCUGGGGAUCAUUGGAAUGGGAGACAUCGGAUACAAAAUAGCUCAGAGGAGCAAAGGAUUUGACAUGAAGAUCUUGUAUCACAACAGGAACAGAAGGAGCGUUGAGGAUGAGCGAGCUGUGGGAGCCAGUUACUGUCAGAACAUGGACGACCUGCUGAAAGAGUCGGACUUUGUGAUGCUGGCGGUCAACCUGACCCCUGAGACCACCGGUCUGAUCAGCCACAGACAGCUUUCCCUCAUGAAACGCACGGCGACGCUGGUCAACAUCAGCAGAGGUCUGGUUGUGGACCAGGACGCUUUGGUUAAAGCUCUGCAGUGUGGGACGAUCAGAGCGGCUGCGUUAGACGUGACUCAUCCGGAACCUUUACCAAGGGAUCAUCCUCUACUCACUCUUCCUAACGUGCUGAUCACCCCACACGUCGGCACCAACACUCACAUGACAACCAGACGGAUGGUGCAGAGGAUGGUAGAAAACGCUGUGGCUGCAGUGAAAGGCCAACCUAUCCCCAAUGAAGUCAAGCCAAAAUGAGAGUACAUCAUUUGUCUGAGUGUAGAAGCACUGAAUUGUUGGUAUUAGGGUCUCGACUAAGAAAAGUAACAUAAAAAAUAAUUAAAAGUAAAAUUACUUCCUCGUGUUUAUUAAUUAAGAAAAUUGAUUUAUCAACUCAAAUCACUUUUCUUAGAUUAAGUGUUUGAUAUAAACUAACAUCCGUCCAUUAUCUUUAAGGGUUGCAGGGAGUCCUGACAUGAAGACUUUAAUGUUUAAUGUAGAUUAAAACUAUUUUUAUUAAAUGACUGUUACAAUCAUAUGUCAAGUUUGUAUGUUAACUGUAACACAAAAACACAUUUAGACUUAGUUCCUUGAUAUUUUGUCUUUACAAUAAAAACACAAUCUGUCGUGUCAGAUCCUCACAAUUA